CCAAACUUUUUAGUAAAAGUGUUCAUGUCAUUCAAAAAUCUUCAAUUUCCAAGUUGCAUGUUAAUUGCAUUGCUUGGGACUGCUGGGUGUCUGGUCAGAACUUGAACGCACCAGAGCCAGACUGUUGUCAAGCGAAGCGUUGCUAGCCUUAGCGCACGGCUGAUAGCUUGAAAGGGAGGAUAAGUUUGGGUAUAUCUUUGUGUGGUCACAUUGUCUCUUCGACAGUAAGAAAAUGCUGGGCUAUAUCUGGCAGUAUGUCUACACAUCCUUCCUGAGAUACUGGCUGAAGUGGCUCAUCAGACAGGCAACAGGGACAUGUGAGCUGCAGAGAAUAUGCUCUGGAUACAAGCCUGGGGCUGCAAGGACAACAAAAGCAGAAUAUUCUCUACAGUCAUCAAAGAACAAGGUUUUAAGAGGAGCUUUGGAAACCAGUAAGGAUAAAUUGGAACCAUGUGUGGAUGAAAUUAUGAAAGUGAAGAGUGUCAAACCUCAGAAAGAUCCACUGUUCAAGGAAAGCCUACAUAUCUGUCUGUUACAGAUAACAGGACACAGCAGCUUGUACAUAGCUGUGGAAGGCUUGAGAAAGGAAGUCUUCAACUCGGAGGACCAAGAACAUGAGGCCAUGCUGCUGAAGUUGUGGGACCUGUUGAUGCCGACAGUCAAACUGGAGUCCAGGAUAACCAAACAGUGGGGAGACAUUGGAUUCCAAGGAGACGACCCCAAGACUGACUUCAGAGGAAUGGGCCUGCUGGGCCUAAUCAACCUCGUUUUUUUCAGUGAAAACUACACAGAAGAGGCUCGUCAGGUGUUGUCUCAUGCAAACCAUCCUAAACUAGGGUAUUCAUAUGCCAUAGUUGGGAUCAACUUGACAGAGAUGGCCUACAGCCUCCUGAAGAGUGGUGCUUUGAAACCCCAUUUCUACAACACAGUACAGGGGACACCAGAGCUCCAGCACUUUCAUCAGCUAUACUGUUAUCUUGCAUAUGAAUUUGAUAAAUUCUGGGUGGCAGAAGAACCAGAAAGCAUCAUGCAGUUCAAUCAGUACAGAGAAAAAUUCCACAACAUAGUCAAAACUCACCUACAGGAGCCCGGUGUAUCCCUCACAUUGACUGUCCGCUCUGAAAAAAACUAACAUUAACCAGAAGUCUUCCCUGACCUCUCCGCGGCCGCUGGCGUUGUUUGAUCAGACAGAAAAAGACAAGAAGUGGAAAAGACAACCGAAGCUGGUCAGCCACUCAUGUUCUUCAAAAAUUCAAACAAAUAAAUGCUCUUACGUUUGGUUUUGUGAUCCAUUAAUCAUGCUCUGUUCAUCCUGUCACGGUGAUUAAAGGGUUUUAAAAUAGAGCACAAAUCUAACCACCUAUUAUACCUCAGAAAGGACCAUUCUGGUGUUUAAUUAAGCUCCAUAAAGGGGAAAUGAGAGCUGCUGCUGCUGCAGAGGACUGUAGUGACAACAGAUCUGUUGAAAAAUAGCGACUAACUACCGCAUCUGUGGCUGUUUUGUUCGGAUUUAUGUAAAUGAGAUGUAUGUGUUCUCACAGUUGUCCUGCUCAGGAAUUUGACUUCUGUGUCCAGAGACUUAAGAAAAAAUUGUGCAGGUCUUAAUGUGUCCCCAUUGAUGUCAUCUGUAUUGUGUAAUAUAGGUGAUGCGGAACUCAAAUUGGUUGUUUGCUUCCAUUUUCAUAAAUUUGUACGUCUGAAGACUGAAACUGCAUUUUUAUUACAGUUAUUUUUAUGCUGUUUUAUUUUUGAGGAAGGUACGUAAUGUUUAACACCUCUUACUCAAAGUUAAUAAAUACACAUUUUGAUGUUUUCAGAUGGGUUUUGU